AUGGAGAAGAUGCAGCAGGUCGUUGGGCGGGCGAGAGCCGCCUUCAACUCGGGCCGGUGCCGCUCUCUGGAGUUCAGGAUGCAGCAGCUGAAGGCCCUGGAGCGGAUGGUGCAGGAGAAGGAGAAGGAGAUCCUGGCAGCCAUCAAGGCAGAUCUGCACAAGGAGCUGUAUCCCGUGGUCACUGGAGGAGUACCUGAGACAACGCAGCUGCUGACCCAGAGAUUUGAUCACAUUCUUUAUACUGGCAACUCCACGGUGGGCAAAAUCGUGAUGGCAGCGGCUGCCAAGCACCUGACACCCGUCACCCUGGAGCUGGGCGGGAAGAGCCCCUGCUACAUCGACAAGGACUGUGACCUGGCCGUUGCCUGCAGGUGGGUGCUGCAGGAGAGCAGGAGGAGUGAUGAGUCGCCAUGCUGCAUUUGUCUUGUAGGCAAUGCUGUGGUGGUGAAGCCGUCAGAGAUCAGCGAGAACACAGCUCAGCUCUUGUUUACCCUACAGGAGCUGUAUCCCGUGGUCACUGGAGGAGUACCUGAGACAACGCAGCUGCUGACCCAGAGAUUUGAUCACAUUCUUUAUACUGGCAACUCCACGGUGGGCAAAAUCGUGAUGGCAGCGGCUGCCAAGCACCUGACACCCGUCACCCUGGAGCUGGGCGGGAAGAGCCCCUGCUACAUCGACAAGGACUGUGACCUGGCCGUCGCCUGCAGGCGGAUAACAUGGGGGAAGUACAUGAACUGUGGGCAAACCUGCAUCGCCCCAGACUACAUCCUCUGCGACCCGUCCAUCCAGAGCAAAGUGGUGGAGAACAUCAAGGCAACUCUGCAGGAAUUCUAUGGCGAAGACGUGAAGUCAUCUCCGGAUUACGAAAGGAUCAUUAACAAGCGUCACUUCAAGAGGAUCCUGGGCCUGCUGGAAGGGCAGAAGAUUGCUCACGGGGGACAGACAGAUGAGGCCUCCUGCUUCAUAGCACCGACUAUCCUCACCGAUGUUUCUCCGGAGUCAAAGGUGAUGGAGGAGGAAAUCUUUGGUCCGGUCCUCCCCAUUCUGACCGUGAAGAGCGUGGAUGAAGCGAUUGAGUUCAUCAAUCGUCGGGAGAAGCCCCUUGCCCUGUACGUCUUCUCCAACAACAAGCAGCUGAUCAGACGGGUGAUAUCGGAGACCUCCAGUGGCGGCGUGACAGCCAACGAUGUCUUCAUGCAUGCUUUGGUUCCGGAUCUGCCCUUCGGCGGCGUGGGUAACAGCGGGAUGGGCGCCUACCACGGCAAGCACAGCUUUGAGACCUUCUCCCACCGCCGCGCCUGCUUGAUCAAGGACCUGAAGAUGGAGGUUGUGAACAAACUCCGGUACCCACCUGGCAGCCAGAAGAAGGUGGAUUGGGCCAAGUUCUUCCUCUUGAAGCAGUUUAAGAAGGGCCGAGUGGGUCUGGUCAUCACGGCCCUGCUGGGGAUUGUGGCAGCGGUGGUGGCAAAGGUGAGCUUCACUCUGCUCUCUGCAUGA